GUAUUGCUAAUUGACGGUAUUUGGUUGAAACGUGAUGUUGUGAGCAUUGGUCAUUUCGGCGGCUAAUGACGACGAGUAAGUAAGACAUGGAAAAAGUGAAAUGAAAUGAAAAAAGCAAGGAUAAUGUUCCAGAUUCCAGAGGAAGGAAGGAAGGAAGUUUUAUUGACGUUGCACGAAAGCCGUCCUUCCGCAUGGCAAGAAACGUGUAAUGCUGGUCAAGUCCAAGAUUAGUGGGUGGCUGUGGCAAACAUUCCUCUUAUCAACCGCCUCCUCCCCGCCACGCCAGAACAUUGAUGCCAACGUAGCAGAAAGGACGAGGCCGCUGUCAAAUACAGGGACUCGUCAAGACUCAUCGUUAUUUCACAGAACGAAGGAACGAGUCGAGUGCAUUCCCGAUGGCUCGUCACGAAUUCGACUGUUCCAUCUCAAGGAAAGAAGAGUGAUGACGUGGACGACGUACAGCUUCGUAUUGCGCAUCGUGGCGAGGUUCCAUGAUGAGGUUUUCAUCGGAGGCAGCGGACUAAGCAGUAUGAAGAGGGUGGACUUUCAGGAAGUAACGAUGAGAUAUGACUAGGAGUUGGAGGCAUUCAAAGAGGAACGGGAGGGGCGGCUCCAAGCCGUCAGUGGUGAUCCCGAGUUUGGUGGACUUAUCAUGCCUUCGGCGUGGUGAUAUUUUCGUUCGGAUUCUAGCAAGCAUUC